AUGCGGGUGCCAAGUGAUGGGGAUGAGGCUCCUGUGGUCAGUGCUGGUCCGCCCUCCUGGGUUGUGAUCCAACGGAAAGGAGGAGGGGAGCUGAAACCUUUGUCGGUUAUGACUGCUGCUGGAAGUGCUGGUGGUGCUGCUGCUGCCAGGGCAGAUGGAAGGCGGGUGGAUGGGCUGGGUGAGGAGCAAUGGGGUGACGGCACGGGUGCUAUGGGUGGUGGGAACGGGGAAGAGGGAAACGAUGGUCCGAUUGGGAGUGGUGCAGUAGGGAACGGCGCGGUUGGGAGCGGUGGCUGCAUGGAGGUGGAUGGGAAGGAGGAAGGGGAAGCAGGAGCUGGUUCGGGUUCGGGCGGUUGGACAAACGCUUCGUCAGGCUUGUGGGUGGAGAGCGGUAGUGCUAGUGCUGCUCUGACUGCCAGUGCUGCUCUUAGUGCUGGGACUGCGCUUACUGCUGGUGCUGGCGGUUCUGGUGGCGGUGGUGGGCGCAUUGCACUGAUGAGCUGCAGACGGCAGCGAUCACUAGGGGGAGGUGAGGGGCGCGAGGAGGUGCAUUGUGGCGGUGGUGGCGAGGUGGGCGAGAAGGAGGUGGGGAAGGAUGGAGAGGAGGAGCAGGAGAUCGAGGGAAACGAGGAGGAGACGAGGGAGGAGGAGAGGGGAAUGAGGGGAAUGGGGGGGGAGGGGGUUGCGGGGGUGCAUGGGGAGGAGAUGGAGAAUGGAGGAGAGGGAGGAGGUGAAGAGGAGCGUGAGCUGAGAGAGGAGGGUGGUGUGCGUGAGGAUGAGGCGCCAGGGGAAACAGAGGGGGAUGAGGGGGAGCAGGCGGGGAUGCUGGGCCUGAAUCCGGGAGUGUCACGGGAAGCUGUUGCUGCUUGGAUGAGGAGUCUGGGGAUGAGUGGGUUAGAGGUGAACGGGUCUAGUGGUGUGGUUGACCCUCGUAGUGAAGGGCAGCAUGAACGCAUGCCGGGGCAGCAGCAGAUGAUACUGGGUGCUGCAGCAGAGGAAGCAGAGAUGCCGCAGCAGGGGUCAGAUCGACAAGGGUUGGAAUGGGAAGGAGGAAGAGGCGAGGAGCAGCAACUGCAAGCCCCGGCAGCGACUGUUGAUGCGGAAGAGGGCGAAGGGGGAGAGGGAGUGGGCGGACCAGCGAGGGAGGGAGGAGGAGACGAAGAUGAGGCGCAGAGGGAGUGGGAGCAGUGGCGGCUGUGGGUAGAGCAGCAAGGGCUACUGGAGGGAGGGGCACGGGAGGGAGGGCACGGGGAGGCGGUUGGAAUGCAACAGCUGCUGCCGCAGGAGCAGGAGGAGGAGCAGGAGCAGGAGCAGGAGCAGGAGGAGGAGCAGGCGGCGCAGCAAGAAUUGCAGCAGGGUUGGGGCUCGGGGCAAGAGGAGGGGCAUGAGGAGGGGCAAGGGGAGGGGCAAGAAGAAUUUCCGAGUGCGGAGCAGCAGGAGCUAGAGUGGAUGAGAAGACAGCAGCAGGUAGAGGGUGUGACUUCCAUGGGAUGGGGAGAAGGUCAGGCGGAGCAGCAAUGGGGUGUGGGGGAGGAACGGCAAGGUUUGGAGCUAGCAGCAGUGGGUAUGGGAAGAGGAGGAGAAGGGGAGCAGGAGGGUGACGAAGCAGGGGCAGCGGAUGUAGCAGCGGAAGUAGCAGCAGAGGUAGAAGGGGACGUGGCGGACGAUUCACCUGAGGAGAUGCAGAUUCAGAAUCUGAGGCAGCGGCUGCUGCAGCUGCAGCAAGAGAGGCUGCUGCGCAUGCAGCGGCUACAGCUGCAGCUGCAGCAGCAGCAGCGCUGGCAGCUCGGGGAAGGAGAGGGCAGCGAGGGGGGGGCAGAGCAGGAAGGGGAAGGGGAGGAAAUGGGAGUGGCGGCACUGCAGCAGGUUGGAGACUUGCAGCAAGGGAGAUCGUUGCAGGAAAUGAGGGCUUUGCAGCAAAUGAUGUUGAUGCAUGGUGAGGGCGAGGAGCAUGGGAUGGGGGAUGAAGGGGCGGCUGUUGUCGAAGGUGGAGAAGAGAUAGAGCAGGGAGAGGAGAGAGAAGAGGCAGGGAAUAGAGGAGAGCAGGGAGAGGAGCAGGUAGAGGAGCAGGUAGAGGAGCAGAUAGACGGCUCGCAGCAGCAGAGGGAACAGGAGACACAGGAAGAAACUGAAGGAGAGCAGAUUGCAGCAGGUGAGAACGAGAGGAGGGAUGGGGAAGAGGUAGCGGAAGUGGCGGAGGAAGGGGAGGAAAGGGGGGAGGGGGAGGGGGAGGAGGGGGAGGAGGGGGAGGAUGAGGAGGCGAGGGAGGAGCGGAGGCGCAAGUGGGAGUUUUUCUUUCUGCGGCAGCGGCAGCAGCAGUUGUUUGAGUUCGAACAGUACCAGCUGCAGCAGCUUCUGGCCAUGGAGCUCGCUGAGAAGGAGAAAGAGAAGCGGGAGAGGGAGGAGGGGCAGGAGAGGGAGGCGGAGGGAGUCGGGGAGGAAGAGAGGGAGGGAGGUGGGAGAGGAGACAGGGAGGGAGACGGGGAGAGAGGUCAGGAGGGAGAGGGUGAGGGUGAGAGGAAUGGGGAGCAGGAGGGAGGGGAGGGAAGAGAACGGGAGGAGGAGCAGGAGAGGAGAGAAGCUGAGACGAGAGGUGAAAUGGGAGCACAAUCAGAGAGAAAGGAGGGAGAAGUGGAGGAAAUGCGCGAGGAGGGGCAGGAGAGAGGAGGAGGGGAGGAUGUGGAGUGCCCGAGACAUGGGGGAGAGGAGGAAGAGAGCGGAGAGAGGGGAGAGAGGGGAGAGGGCAGUGUCGGAGUGGGAGAUGAGGAGGACUUAGCGCAUGUGGGCAGUGCCUCACAGGCUCACGGAGGCACCCCUGCUGCAUCUGCGAUGGACAGGGAGCAAGGAGAGGGGGAAGGGGAGCAGGGAGAAGGAGGGAGGGAGCAGGAGGAGGAGGAGGAGGAGGAGGAGUUGGUGGGAGGGGAACUAGGGCAUGUGCUUAGGGGGGAUGCUGCAGGCGCGGUUGCUGCAGCAGAUGCCACGGCUGCUGCUUCUUCUCCUGCUGCUGCUGCUGCUGCUGCUGCUGCUGGUACGGUUGCCGAAGGGGUGGCUAUGGAGGGAACUGAAGCUGCUUGGAUGGCGGAGGAGAAUUCAGAAGAAGGAUCGAUGGAGAGGUGGGGGUUUGAGUCUGAUUUUGGCAUGGAGUAUGAUUCUCACGAGGACGCCCCUAGAGGAGGUGGGAGUGGAAAGGGUGGCGAUGGUGGGGCUGAAGGUGUUGGUGAUGGUGGGGAUGACGAAGAUGUUGAUGGUGGUGGUGCAGCCGGUGGGGACGCGGUAGCAGAGCAAGGGACGAGUGGAGAGGGUGGGGGCGAGGAGUGGCGGCUCGCGUUUGACUUGAAUGAGGAGCAGCCGGGGGAAGGAUGGGCGGAUGGAGAGGGCGAUGGCGCUGCUGGUGCUGAUCACUGUGCUGCUGCUGACGAGCGUCAGGGUGAAGUCGGCUGUGUUUCUGCUGCUGUCGGUGUUGGCGCUGGUGCGGGUGAUUACUGUGGUCCUGCUGCUGCCAAGCGUGAGGGUGAAAUCGGCUGUUCUUCUGCCGUUGUUGCUGUUGGCGCUGGUACUGGUCAUUGGGUUGCUUCCGAACCUCAGGAUGAGAACGGUUAUGGUUCCGCUGCUGACUAUAACGCUUAUGGUGUUGCUGCCCCUGCUGUUGCUGUUGCUGUUGCUGCAACUGCGGACGGGGUGCGUGACAAGCACGGUGGGGCAAGUGCGUGUGUUGCCGUAGCCAGUGGCAGCAAGGGGAGGCCAGGCGCGCACCUGCUGCUGCUAGACAUGAAUGCAGAGGCAGAGGAGGCAGACAUGUGGCUUGGCGCAGAGGAGGCAGAGGAGGCAGCAGACAUGGGCUUGGAUCUGGGGCUGGGAGGAACGUGCGGGGCACAGCAGAGUCAACAGAGUCAACAGAGUCAACGGAGUGAAGGCGGUCUGGGUGGAGGAGAAGGCGGUGGGAGGGAGCAGGUGGGAGGAGGCAUGGUUGGGUUGUCGCUGGGUCUUGAGUUGACCGCUCCAGAGACAGAAAAGUGGUUUGAGAAGGGGAGGAUAGAGGUGGAGAAGCAGGAGAGGGUUUCAGGACCCCAGUCGCCAGCUCCCCACUCGUCAGAGCACCAGUCUUCAGGGCCUGAUGCGUUGCUGAUGGAUCCUCCAGUGCCAGGAGCACGCUCUCGUGUGGUGAACUGGUUGACACAGCACCAACAUCGGUGGCGAAGGCAGCAGGAGGAACAGCAAGUGAAGGAGGAGCAGGAGCAAGAAGGAAAGGAGCAGGAGCAGGAGCAAGAAGGAAAGGAGCAGGAGCAGGAGCAAGAAGGAAAGGAGCAGGAGCAGGAGCAAGAAGGAAAGGAGCAGGAGCAGGAGCAAGAAGGAAAGGAGCAGGAGCAGGAGGAACGGGAGCAGGAGCACCAGGGCAGGCACGUACGUGAGUUUGUUCCUGGAUCGGCUCUUUCUUGCUGGCCACGGCCAGCAGAGGAACCAGCAAUCGAAGCAGUAGUUGUCGAAGCAACGGCGACAGCAGCAGACACGGCAGUAGUCCUAGCAGCAAGAGCAGGAGGAGGAGGGGCGUCAGAAGCGACCAGCACUGCUCGCUGUCACUCUUGCUCUCAUGUGCUCUCUCUCCGGCGCUUCCUCUCACUGUGUCACACGCAGCAGCAGCAGCACCAGCAGCGCGAGUGCGAACCUGUCACAACCACUGCCAGCGAGUGCCCUGCAAUACCACCAGCUGUGCCAAUCCAGCAGCAAGCAGUGUCUGUUUUCUGUGAGAUAGCUCGGUUGGUGGCGACAGCCCAUGCGAGCGGCGAGGCGCUAGGAGGAGAUCAGCUGGUGCCAUCUAGGGUUCGAGUCACGCUGGGCCCCCAGCACUGGCUGCUGCCCGCCUGCUGUGCUCCCACCGCUGCUGCUGGCUGCAGCAAGGAGGUGAAGCGUGAGAGGGAGGGAGAGGGUGUGAUGGUGGAGGUGGAGGAGGAGGAGGAGAGGGGGUAUUACGCAGCGCCAGAAGGUGGCUCAGGGAGUGGGAAGGCAGAAGGUGCUGGGGAUGCAGAGAGGGAGAGGGAGAGGGAGAGGGAGAUGACAGCGGAUGUGUACCGGCUGGGGUUGUUGUUCUUUGAGGUGAGCCAGACCACCCUGAACUCCUUUCUACCGCUGUUUGCCCCUCUGUCUGUCGCUUUUCUUAUGAUCCGUCCAUUCCUUCCUUAUCCAUGCCAUUGUGGAAUUCCGUGUCUCUCUGAAUCUGUUCUGAUUAUGCACUCCCAACGUUUCCUACCUCCGCCGCCGCAGCUGACGUGUCACAUGAGCGACCAUUCGGAGCGCAGCAGUGCGAUGGAGGACGUGAGGAGCCGGGUGCUGCCCACGGGAUACCUCAUGGCCUUCCCCACCGGUGCUGCCUUCUGCCUCUGCCUGCUGCACCCCGUGCCCUCCAGACGCCCGCCCAUGAGGGACGUCCUCUCAAACAGCCUCUUUCUCCGCCUCGCUGCAGAAGCUUCUCCCGCAGCUUCCUCCCUACAGUGCGAGCUGUCCGUGUCGUUUUCACCCCUGCGAGCAUUGGAAGCACAAGGGGACGCGGAGGGGCAGGAGGGGCAGGACGAGCAGGACGAGCAUGAGGGGCAGGACGAGCAGGAGGAGCAUGAGGGGCAGGAGGGGAAGGAGAGGCAGGAGGAGGAGCAGGAGGAGGAGCAGGAAAGGCAGGAGGAGCAGGAGAGGGAGCAGGAAAGGCAGGAGGAGCAGGAGAGGGAGCAGGAAAGGCAGGAGGAGCAGGAGAGGGAGCAGGAAAGGCAGGAGGGAGAGGAGACAGAGGAGGAAGAGGAGGGGCCGUGGCAGCGCAGGCCAGGCAAGGAGCCGAUGGUUGAAGUGAGUGAUGGGGACGAUGAUGGUCUUCAUUGGAUGAAGGAUGACGGUGAAGUGGGUGAUGAGGACGAGGAGUUGGAUGGUGGGGGGCGUGGUGGAAUGGGAGAGGAGGAGGAGGAGGAUAAGAGAGAAGAGGUGGAGGCGGAGGAAGAUAAGAGAGAAGAGGAGGAGGCGGAGGAAGAUAAGAGAGAAGAGGUGGAGGCGGAGGAAGAUAAGAGAGAAGAGGUGGAGGCGGAGGAAGAUAAGAGAGAAGAGGAGGAGGCGGAGGAAGAUAAGAGAGAAGAGGAGGAGGAGCGAGAGAAUGGGCGGGCUGGGAGGGAGGGAGGAAAGGAGGGCGCUGCUGCUCGUUGCGGUUUGGUUGGGGAAUGGAGUCGAGGCUAUGCGUUUACUGGUAAUCUUGAGUUUAGUAGAAAGCGAGAAAGGGUGCAGGAGAUGGAAGAGAGGGAGGAAGAGGCUGGUGGUGGUGGGGAAGACGAUGGGGAAGGUAGGCGUGGCAGAGAGGGAGAGGAGGAAGAGGAGGAAGAGGAGGACAAGGAGGAAGAGGAGGGAGGAGAGGAGGCAGUGGGGAUGCGAGGGAGCAAGAGAGUUCGGUGUGAGGAGCAGACAGAUGUGAGGCUGUCACAGGAGGAGCCUCUACGUGGUCAUCCUGCUUCAAUGCUGCAGGAGGAGCCUCUGGUGGAGUCACCUCAAGCGCUGACACAGGAGGAGGAGCUGAGUCCUGAAGCGCCUGAAACGCUCACAGAGGCGGAGUUCACGCCUGAAACGCUCACAGAGGCAGAGGACACUCCUGAAACGCUCACAGAGGCAGAGGUCACUCCUGAAACGCUCACAGAGGCGGAGUUGGCAGAGAGGGAGGAGGAGAACGAGGUGCUCCUGGAUUUUCUCCUGAGGGUGCAGCAGGGGAAGGCUGAGACCUCCCAGCAAGUGGCUGCCAACCUGGAUGGGCUCUCUGCUGACGUGGCAGAGGUUGCUGAGAGGAGGCAGCUGCUGUUGGCGCUCUCUCAGCCUAUGAAUGCGCGCCACGUCACCAACGCUGCUGCGGCCAGAGGAGCAGAAGCGGAUGGUGCAGCAAAAGAGGCCGAUGGGUCAGGUGCAAGGGCAGGGGCGAGGGGGGAAAGCGGGAGCGGUGGUGCGAGUGGUUGGAGGCACGGCCAAAGGCAGCGGAUUGAGGAGGGUGCAGGGGGGAUGCGUGAGGAUGUAAGACCGGGAGGAGCGACACAGGCAGGGGGGGAAUCAGAGUCACAGGGCAUGAGGGAAAGAGGAGAGGAGUGCACCCGGCUUUGUCUUGGAGCAGGUCAAGGCAGGGGAGGAGGGGCAAGAGCUGAGGGAGAAAAGGGAGGCGAGGAAGGGUGUGGAGGCGAGGGGGGAAGGUGCAGAAGCCGUCAGGCUAAAACGUCCUGCUAUAGCGCCAGCUCGAGGGAGAGGGAGGGGGGGAGUGAGGGGGCGAGGGAGAGGGAAGAGGAGCGGAGGAGGCGGGUGGUGUAUGAGAGGAGGCUGGGGGGGCGUUUGAACCGCAUGCUGCAGCGCUUUGAUCGGCUGGAAGAAGCUUACCUUGCCGUCCGUGCCCGCACAGGUGCCGUUUCUUAUUGGGCUGCGCGGGGAAGGGCAGCGUUGGGGGCAGGCGGAGGGGCAGGUGUGGGUGCAGGUGGAGUGGCAGGUGGUGGGGCUGAAGAGGGGGGAGCUGCAGGGAGGGAUGGGGAUGAGACGGAGGAGGGGCACAUGCAAGAGGUGUGGGGGCGGCUGGGCUGUGUGCUUCAAACGGUGAGGACGCUGGGACAAGACGUGACUGUAAAGAAGGGUGUAGUGUCUGGUGCUGUUGCUGGUGGGGAUAGUGGAAGUGGCAGUGCAAGGGAUGGUGCCGUGGGUGGGGAUGGUGUAGCGGGGAAGGUAGCAGGAGGUGCUGCCCUUGCUUCGCCUACACCCACUCCCACAGUGGCAGGAGCAGGUGCAGUGGUAGCUGGUGGGGUUGCUCGUUUGGACGCGAGUCUACGGGUAUCAUCUGCACACGGCGCUGCUGCUGCUUCUGGUGAUGAUGGUGGUGGUGGCGGCACUGGUGCUCCUGUGCCGGGUCCUGCCCCUGCGUCUCAUUCCGAGCGGAAGCGCCACGCCAGCAGCAUGGGAGGGGACGAUGACAGAGAGGAGAAGCGGAGCAGCAAGCGGAGAGCGCUGCACGCGUAUGGCAGCACCACCAGCGCCAGCAGCAGGGAGAUGGUGGAACCGGUACUGAGCAGUGGAGCGAGGCAGGAGGGUGUUGGAGGCACAGGUGUGGGGCAUGAGGGGAUGACUUUUGAGGCGCCUCAAAAGGCGCGGCAGGAGGGUGUUGGAGGCACAGGUGUGGGGCAUGAGGGGAUGAGAAGGGGAGGACCUGCGGAGACCGGACGGUGGCAUGGAGGGAAGCAGGGUGAGAGGAGCAGAACUUCUUUUGAGACUUGUCCGAAGCAGAGCGAGAGGAGAAGAACGCCCCCUGUGUGGGAACGCGCGGCAGCGGCAGCAGCGGCGCAGCAGCACAGCUGGCAGCAGCAGAGCUCGUCCGGUGGUGGGGGCAGCUGGGCCGGCGCUGCUGCUGGUGCCGCUGGUGGUGCUGGUGGUGCUGGUGGUGCUGGUGGUGGUGGUUUCGUGGUGGAUAGCAUGUUGAAUGUGCCGACCACGACACGGGGCACGCAUGGUACUCUUUUCUCUGUGGAUACGGAGGGGCGGGUGGGAGGAGGAGGUCGGUUUGAUGGUCGGGGUGAAGUGCUGGGAGCGGCAGAGCGCGUGAGGCACGGGAUUUCUGAGCCUUCUCACCCCGUCCCUGCUGCUACGCUAGCUGAAGCUGAUUCUGAGCCUGUGCUUGCUGCAAGGUUCGGCAAGCUGCAGGUUCGGGCGGUGCUGCGCCGAGGCGACCUGCUUGGCUCGGCAAACAUGGUGUGUUCGGUGGCUUUCGACCGGGACGGGGAGUUCUUUGCUUCGGCGGGCGUGUGCAAGCGCAUCAAGGUGUUUGACUGUAACGCCGUGCUGCGUGCUGCUGCUGAGAGAGGGGCACGGGUGAAGGAGGUGAGGGAUGGGAUGGAGGUGGACGAGGAGGAGGGGGGUCGGGAGGGAGGAGAAGCAGGUGGACCGGGGAUAGGGGAGGGGUUUGGAAGGGGGAGAGGCGGAGGAGUGCGGGGAGGGGAAGGGGGGCAGGCAAGGCAAGAGGAGGGGCAUGAGGAGGAGCUGUUGCAGUACCCGGUGGCAGAGAUGGCGGGUGACUCGAAGCUGAGCUGUGUGAGCUGGAACCCCUUUGUCAAGAGCCUCGUCGCCUCCUCCAACUAUGAUGGCGCCGUGCAGGUGUGGGACGUGUGUGCGGGCGAGGCUAUAGCGGAGUACAGGGAGCAUGAGAGGCGCGUGUGGAGUGUGCACUGUGCGCCCACCGACCCCACCAAGCUCGCCAGUGGCAGCGACGACGGCUGCGUGCGCAUCUGGAGCCUGCAGCAGGACUCCAGCGUGACAACCAUCCGCACGCGGGCCAAUGUGUGUGCGGUGCACUUCUCCCCCGCCUCAUCGCACAUCCUCGCGCUCGGCUCGGCCGACUUCAAGCUCGCCCUCUACGACCUCCGCAAGCCGCGCUCGCCCCUCGCCACGCUCCCCGGCCACUCCCGCGCCGUCUCCUACGUCGCCUUUGCCGACCCGCUCACGCUUGUCUCAGCUUCCACGGAUAACACGCUGCGCGUGUGGGACUUGAGGGACGUGCUGGGGAGUGCUGGGGAUGGCGUUGGUGGUGCGGUGAUGGGGCAGCAGCAGCAGAGGGGCAUGGCGCCGUGUGUGCUGACUCUCUCGGGCCAUGUGAAUGAGAAGAACUUUGUUGGGCUGUCUGUGUCCGAAUCGGGGUACAUUGCAUGCGGCUCCGAGAACAACUCGGCAUAUGUAUACCAUAGGAGUGUGCCGGCCCCCAUCACAUGCCACCGCUUCGGUGCUGUGGAUGCAGUGACAGGGCGGGCAGGGGGGGAGGACGCAGGGCACUUUGUGAGCAGCGUGUGCUGGCGCAAGGGCACUCACUCCCUUGUGGCGGCGAAUUCUAUGGGCGAUGUGAAGGUGCUCGAGAUGAUGGAGUGA